GAUCCUACUAAAAAGCCUAUCUUCUCUUGUUACCAACACCAUCCAUGCACAUCAUAACCCACUCAUGAUCUAAUCACUUUACUUUUUCUCUCUGUUCUCUUUUCUGGGCUUUUUUUUUUGGAACUAAGAUCUUCACCCUAAGCUCACACACUAUGUUGAGAACCACGGCUUUGCCUGAUUUAUCCUUGCAGAUUAGCCCACCAUCACUUUCAGAUAGCAAGGCGAAGGAAAUGGCCUACAAUGGGUUAUCAUCAACCACUGAUUCCGGCAGCAGCGGAAGCGAUUUCAGCCACGAAAAUGGAUAUAGUAAUCCUGGAGAGCUCACGUUGAGCUUAGGGUUUGAAAUGGCUGAUCAUCUCGGUCCUUCCCAUUUACAGCAACCCAGGAACCUUAACCAUCACCAUCACUACCAAUAUCAGCCUCAAAUCUAUGGUCAUGAUUUCAAGAGAAGUUCAAGAACGAUAAAUGGAGCGAGAAGAAGCAUCCGGGCUCCCAGGAUGCGAUGGACUACAACCCUCCAUGCUCAUUUUGUUCAUGCAGUCCAGCUUCUUGGAGGCCAUGAAAGAGCAACACCGAAAUCUGUCUUAGAGUUGAUGAAUGUCAAGGAUCUAACCCUAGCUCACGUGAAGAGUCAUUUGCAGUGGGAAUGUAUGACUGUAUGA